AGAACCAUGCCGCAAAUAUACAACAUGACAAUAUACUAGUGCCACAUCAGCCUUCCAUCGAACAAGAACCGGAGCCUGCUUGUAUCAUCAACGUUUAAAAAAAUUUGCCGCAAAUUUGGGACACUGAAUUUGCUAUGGCGUUAUUUUUUUUCUUGCUCGUCCACUGUUUUAUAGUGUUCGUCAGAUCACAGUUACACUCUGAAACUCAUCAUGAAGGAUCAACAUCAACUGCAUCAGUUUUAUGCAGUGCAGAAUGCAACCAGCAAUUACAGAACCGAUUGGAGACGAUUGAAGCUGCGGUCCGGACAAUCGUCUCUGCCGUUUCGAGUCAAACGGACGAUCUGUUUGCUCCAAUCAAAGAAAUAUUUCAGCUGGAUCCAUCAGUUAGAUCAAUCUUAUCUUUAAAUUUUACGACGUCAGCUAUUGCAAGUACUAAAAAUUCUACGUUCAAAAUCAACUCUGUUCCUCUUGCACAAGGAAAUCAACCAGAGAAGAAUAUCGCAGUUGACAAUCUUAAAGGAGCUGUCAAAUGUUCGUUGGCUCAUUUGGUUGACAUAAAUUCAAUUGAUUUCAGCUCCAGUUUUAACAAUAAGUCUACAGACGUAGCAGUAGCAGCAUCUUUAUUAACCAACGAGUCCCUUGAAAUUACAUGGCCUAUAUUCUCCACGGAAUGUCUAAAAUUCAGUUCGGGUGUCUGGAUUCGGGUUUAUCAGCAAGCACCUGAAGUCGAUUAUAAGUUGCAACCGGAAACGUCCUUGUACGUCCCUCAAAAAUGCCUCAAAAAGAAAUCGAAAGCUUCGUAUUCUAUCAUCCUCUCCCCGCCAUCAUCUUCAAAGGGAAAGAAAAUUUCCUGUGCCUACUAUUUGACCAGGCAUCUUAUCCAGUGCCGCGCUUAUGUUAUUGAAGUUAUUCCAAACUUCCAAUCACUUCGAGGCAAAACUCUGCGCACAGAUAUUAUUGUUCCGCCUAAGAGUAAGAAAAAUGACGAGGCCGAUUUUAGAUCGCUAAUAAGUGUUGCGGCCCAUUCCAAUUCCUUGAUGUUGAAUUGGGAAGACAAUUCUGGUUGCGCUCCUCAGUUAACUUCCUUCACUUUAAAAAUCUUUCAAGACGGCAUUGUAGAUGAGGUUGAAGGACCGAACAUGACAGUUACGAUUCCUCGCAGCUGCCUGAGGCGAUCAACAAAUGAAGACAAUCUGUUCUCGCUGGUGUUGCCCGCUAAGCCCGCUAAUCAAUUAACGUGCCCAAUAGAGUGGAAACCAUUGGACAGGUGUCGCAAAUACAGGAUUGACAUGAACUCUCAGUACUCGUCUACUUGGAAUGGUCCUUCUUCAUCCUGGGAAAUAUUUACAGGGCAAGGCUUCAGCAAUUACACAAGUGACAUAACGUGGAGAUGUCCAAAAAAACAUUUUGUUUGCCAAUACCACCGCCGCAACUACGAUUGUUUGUCGUCGGAUCAUCAUUAUGUAUGUAAUGGAGGAAAUGAGUGCCCUCACCAAAAGGAUGAAGAGUAUUGUGAUCAAAGUGUGUGCAACAAAGAUGGAUUUCGAUGUGGGCGACAAUGCGUACCGAAAGAAUUGGUUUGUGAUGGCAAAUAUGAUUGUCUCGACGGGUCGGAUGAAGACGGCUGCAACAUUAACGUCAAGUGUGAGCAACUCACAAACCCAACGGGCCACUUUUCAUCGGAGAUAUUCUCCAAACCUGCAGCUGAAAUCCACUCAGAAAGAAUUUCAGAUGCCGUUCGGAAAACGAUCGUUUUGAUAUCAGUGCAACCGAAUCAUCAAAUUUGGCUGGCAUUCGAUAAGUUUACUACUGUUAUCAACCGAGAUUUUCUUAAAGUUUACGACGGCCCGUACUCGACCAGCCUCUUGCUGUUAUCCCACAGCGGAACAACAAAACCGCCGUCAGUCCGAUCUUCUUCCAAGGAAUUGUUUGUAGAGUUUCCGUCCCACUACGACAUGGAUUAUCAAGUUGAAGGUUCCUAUACAAGCGUCAACAGCACCGAUGAAUCUUUUAAACCAGGCUGUGGUGGUUAUUUGAACGGUGAAGGCACAAUCUCGACUCCAAACUAUUUAUCCGACAACGACAUCGCUGACUGCUAUUGGUUAAUCGGAACAAGACAAAGCGACGAUGUAAUCCUCCUUCGAAGGAAUCAGUCUGAUAUUAAAUACCCGAUGGCUGCGUUUUUGUCUUCCCGAGCUUAUCCAGAAAUGAUUGUAUAUGACGGAUGGAGUACAGACGGCCUCGUCCUUUACGACACGAAAUCCACUGAAACUCAACAGAAAACGGUGGUUUACUCUUUCAGCAAUAAAAUGAUGAUUCACUUUAAACCUCCGAAAAUCAAAGAAAAUCACAUAUCUUUCUGGGAGGUCUUUAAAAUAUCGACACCGCAGUGCAAGAAUUACUUGGAAGGAACUAGCGGGACCAUAAAAAGCCCAAACUAUCCGAUGCCUUACCCUCAUCUAACGGACUGUCGCUGGACCAUCAGCGUGAAACCGGGAUCGAAAGUCCGGCUGCUUUUUGCCUUCUUUGAAACACAACAGGGAGCAGAUUUUAUUUCCGUUUAUGACGGACCAACGGUAAACGAAAAGCUGCUGAUGACUGAAUCGGGAUCGGUACCUACUCCUUUUGUUGUUAAUUCUUCAACCAAUCAAGUGCUAGUCAGGUUUACGUCAGACGGUGACACUUCCCUGUCUGGUUUUCUUGCCGUCUAUUCGUCUCUUUAGAUAACAUGAUUAAUUUUAGUGUCGGAGCGAAACAUUUAAAAUUAAUAGAGUUAUAGCGUUAACAGAAAAAAGUUUUGCGCAAGUAUAUACAUAUGCAUCAGGUAUUUUUCACUAGAGCAGAGAGCGCUAGAUACUUCAGUACAGACGAGUACAGAUUUGAAGUGUAGAAUGCCCACAGAGACAAGGUAGACAGCUUCCAAUAUUCCAUUAAGACUAAUGUACGAAAAAAAGAAGAUUUUUAUCUUUUUGUUGCUUACUGUUUUUCCUUGUUUUCAUCUCUGUACUUCUCAGUGAAUAAACAACCUUAAAAGUGAGAACAGCUGGAUAACUAUCUCUGGUCUCCUUUGCACUGCUGA